AUGGCAAACAAUGCAGAAGACAUCGAAAACAACAUGGAGCAGCAGGAGACCAGUGCCGCUCCAGAGCCGGGCCCACCACUGCAGUCUGAGUCCGGGCUGAGGUCCAGAGGAGACUCUGGGGGCGCAGGAGCUGAUGGGGCAGGUGGGAAUGGCCUGGAGCUGAAUGGCCAGCCCCCCGCGUCCCACCCCCCUCGAGUGGUGGAGGCAGAUGAGGAGGAGGAUGAAGAGAUGACCCUAAAAUACGGAGCCAAACACGUCAUCAUGCUGUUCGUGCCCGUCACGCUGUGCAUGGUGGUUGUCGUGGCAACCAUCAAGUCUGUGAGCUUCUACACGCAGAACGACGGACAGAGGCUGAUCUACACUCCAUUCCCAGAGGACACUGAGACGGUGGGACAGCGAGCUGUCAACUCCAUCCUGAACGCCACCAUCAUGAUCACAGUCAUCAUCGUCAUGACGCUGGUGCUGGUCCUCCUCUACAAGUACCGCUGCUACAAGGUGAUCCAAGGCUGGCUGUUCCUCUCCUCGCUCCUUUUGCUGUUUUUCUUUUCAUACAUCUACCUCAAGGAGGUUUUUAAGACCUACAAUUUGGCGAUGGACUUCUUGACGAUAGCACUGAUCAUCUGGAACUUUGGUGUGGUGGGCAUGAUUUGUAUCCACUGGAAGGGCCCCUUGAGACUGCAGCAGGCCUACCUCAUCAUGAUCAGUGCCCUCAUGGCGCUGGUCUUCAUCAAGUACCUGCCCGAGUGGACCGCCUGGCUCAUACUCGCGGUCAUCUCUGUCUACGAUCUGUUGGCAGUGCUCUGUCCCAAAGGCCCCCUGCGGAUCCUGGUGGAGACGGCUCAAGAGAGAAACGAGCCCAUCUUCCCAGCGCUCAUCUACUCUUCGACAAUGGUGUGGCUUGUAAACAUGGCCGAUACUGAAGCACCCAAGAGAAACUCUACAGAAGCAGCGGUUCCGCAAGAAGUUCCACCAGCGGUGGCAUCUCCAGACCCCUCCAGCCCAUCCCAGGAGGAUGGGGGCUUCACGUCUAACUGGGUGAGUCACCAGGAGCACCAGCUGGGACCUCUGCAGUCCACGGAGGAGACGCGGAGAGAGAUCCAGGAGAUGCCCUCGGCACGGCCCGUGCCUGAGGACGACGAUGAAGAGAGGGGUGUCAAACUAGGACUUGGAGAUUUCAUUUUCUACAGUAUGCUGGUGGGAAAGGCCUCAGCGAAUGGAGACUGGAACACGACACUGGCCUGCUUUGUCGCCAUCCUCAUCGGCUUGUGUCUGACCCUCCUGUUGUUGGCCAUCUUUAAAAAAGCCCUCCCUGCUCUCCCCAUCUCCAUAUUCUUCGGAUUGGUCUUCUACUUCGCUACAGACAACUUGCCCUCCCAGGAUAGCUCCGCAAAGUGGAUUACAGCGGGAUGUCAUUCAUCGCGAUGCAAGCCAUUCAGGAUUAGUCCCCAAUAA